AUGCGGAAACUCCCAUCCGAAACUCUCCGUCAGUACGCCGAACGAUACUGGCAACUGUUCAACGAAAUUCCUGGAAUCGAUGAGUACUGGGCCGCAAGAACCUUUAAAAAUGGCUUGGAAAUCAACAGUAAAAUUCUAGAUGAACUUGCUAUUCGACCACCUCAUGGGAUGGGUGAGUUGAUGCGCAUCGUCGAACGUUUCUGCGCUCUUGAAGAAUUUUACGCGGACCGUGCUGCACAAGGGCUGACGAACUCAACUACAAGCUUUCCAAUGGUCACAUCUCAGCUGCCAGCACUAGUCACAACGCAGCAACCUCAGCCAAAGAAACUUGUCCACAACAUCAAGGAAGGAAAAAGCCGCCAGCCGAAAGCACAUGACUAUGUGGCCGAAACAACACACUUCAAAGAACCUAUUUGGUCCUUUUUGAAGGAGAUCAUGAGGCAACCUUGGUUCGAAUGGCCAACGGGAAAGCUGGGCACAGACACUGGUCAAGCAGAUCAGAACCCACAGAAAAAGUGCUCGUACCACAACGAGCUCGGUCAUUACACAACCGCAUGCGCACCUUACAAAGCCCUAUUGGAGCGUUUGGCAGCACAAGGCCAUCUCGAUCAGUACAUCGAUCAAACCAAGACACCCACCCGCCCACCUGCUGGCAAUCCCAACCCAAAUGAACCACGACCGACGAUACACGUUAUCCACGGCCCCGUAACAAAGGAAUUUGAAUCAAAUCUUCAGGCCGACCUCAGUCGCGCAUCAACUUCCAAGCAGGUACUCACGGUAGGACCUGGAUCCAAACAUCCACGACCAAAAAAGUUACCCAAAUGGAAACGUGUGCAAACACCACACUCCGACGCCCUCGUCGUAACCGUCCAAAUCGGAGUACAUGACGUCAAGCGCGUUCUGAUCGAUCAGGGAAGCUCGGCGGAGGUCAUGUACUAUGACUUAUUCAAAAAGCUUGAUCUCCCAGAAACAGCUUUGCAACCCGCCGAAGUACCCCUCAUUGGAUUCAAUGGAGCACCCGUUUGGCCACUUGGUCGAAUCUUCCUACCAGUCGUCGUUGGCUCGAAAACAUUGAGCGUCGAGUUCAUCGUCGUCAAUGUACCAAGCCCAUACAACGCAAUUCUUGGCCGAACCUGGCUACACGGCAUGUAA